AUGUCAGAUGACAUUGAUAGUUGUUAUACAAGCGAUUCAGAUAUAGGAUUUAGACAGUUGGAUACUUUAGAAUCACCUGGAUCAAAUAAUAAUGAGAGCAAUUCUCCCUAUAAUAUAUCAGUAUUAUUACCGGUAGUACGUAUAAUACUGGUGAUUUUCUUACGCAUCGGAUUUACAUUAGUGCAGAUUGGCAGCGUGCCUAUAACCAACGUAAAUUUAAUCCUGCUUCAAAAUAUCGUUGAUUUUUGUUGGGUAAGUCUCGUCUACAUUAUCCUAGGAUCAGUGAUAGCUUACACGGGUGAUAUAGUCGGUGUCGUGGGAGGGGGUCAUUGGAUAGGCGACAAAGUAGUGAACAAAGAAGAAGCAGUAAUCGGAUGGCAAGCGAUAAUGAUUGCUUCUUCAAUAGCAACAACCUGUAUGAUCGGUCGUACCCAUACAAUAGCAUCUAUUAUCAUCGGAAUAGUUCUCUCGGGUAUUGUGCAACCGUUUAUUAUUCACUGGACCUGGACAGCCAAGGGCUGGAUGUCAUGGAACUCGCUUCGUGGUCAGCAAGUGCCAUUUCGUGACUUCGGCGGGUCAACUGUUGUCCAUAUCGUUGGAGGUCUCACCGGGCUUAUUGGCUGCUCAAUAUUAGGAAGAAGGAUUAUCAAGCUUCGUGAUAUGGACAAAGCUAGCAUUGCGAUUGGAUCUGUUGGUACAACAUUUAUUGGUCAUUUAUUUAUCAUCUUAGGGCUUCAGAGUCUAUUUUUCAAUAAUAAAAUAGAAGACAACGGCAGAUUAAUGAGCAAGUGGUUAUCCCGGAUAUUUAUCAACAAUUUAUUGACAGUAUCAAUGUGUGCCCUUGUGACGAUAGUUCUUCACUUUCUAAUGCGAGAUCCAUUCAAUCACUGGACAGUAAUGAGAUGUAUUCAAGCAGUCACUGCAGGUGUUGUUGUUAUUUCAGCUGGCGUUGACAUUUACACACCUUCAGUUGCUCUAGCUAUUGGUUUUGUCGGAGGAAUCCUAUUUUAUCUUGUCACAAAAGCUAUUUUUAAAACCCCGUUGGAGGAUUACUGUAAUAUCAUUGCUAUUCACGUUGUCUGUGCUCUUAUGGGUAACUUUGUCGCCCUAUUUUUCUACGGAGCUUCUCACGAAUCUUAUGGAUACUCGGUUCUUUUGCUUGAUGCACUCUGGCAUCUUAUCUGCAUAGUUUCUAUUAUUUCAUUCGUUUCCGCAACUGUCACGCCGAUGUUUUUAAUACUUGACUGCCUAGGACUGCUCAGGAAUAGGUCUGAAUACUUGAAUCACUUGAGGUCUACUGUUGCGCAAGAGCGAAGACAUAGAUCUUUUGGUGAAAGAUUGUUUCGUCUUGACUCUGAGACAGUUUUUAUUCAACCUGGGCAGUUGAAUAAUCAAGAAUUUCAAACCGAGUCAGUACCUAGACCCUCAAGAAUUGAAACGGUGGCGCGAGUUGAAAUUCCUGAUCAAAAUCUUACUACCCAAAAUGUUUUUAACAAUAAUUUUGAAACAUUUAAAGACUCGAUUGUAGAGCAGAAAUUGAGAAAAGCUCGACAAGUUCAUACAAUUAGUUCAGCAACCGACACAGUAGAAGUAGAUCAUGGUAGUUACAAAACUUUUGUGAUUGGAGACCAUAAAAAAAUAAAUGAAACCAUCAUUGGAAGUAAAAACUUAACCACGCCAACAAUUACCUACGAGCUAAUAAAUGUUAACGAUUAUUACAACAAUAAUAGUUUACAAAGUUCACCUAAAGUUAUUGAGCAGAAUCUUUCGUAUAAACUUCAUAGAACUUUAAAUUCUUUGGAUUUAAAAAACGAUAGUGUUAUUCAAGACGGUGUUAAAGUUAAUGUACUUGUUGAACCGCAAUUUUGUUCUUGUGUAAACAGUGAUUCUGAAGAUGAUGAUUACUCGAAUUCAUUUAAUAAAAAAUCAUUUGAUGAGAGUCAAAACAUCAAGCUAGCCAUGACUGGUGACAAUCAAUAA